GUGUCCCAUGAUUCCAAGCGACUGUGGAGUACUGGCGUGGUGACGCUCUAGCAUUACAGCGCUGGUCUGCGCUCUAGUCUAGUGUCUGUGAAAUCAAUCAGGAGCAAACAUGAAAACGGGAUACUAACAGAAACGCAGAACCGAGCCUGGAGGAGAAAACACAAAGAAAACGGGAUUUUUUAAUUACGGGAAUACACCACGGAUCGGACCAUAAUUACUAAAGCAGAAGGACCCUCCAAGUCUGAGCUGUAAAUGUAUCAGAAACCGGGAGCCCAGCAUGAAGAAAGCAAGCAGGCCAGCGGUGACCUCGUCGAAGGCUGCGGCAGGGAGUAAGACGCAGAGCAACGAGAAACUGAAAUCUGAGAAUGGGGCGACUGGGAAGAGCAGCUCCAAGACCGGAGGCACAGCGGCGCUGUCCAAGACAAAGAGCAAUGAUGACCUGUUAGCAGGGGUGGCUGGCGGUCUGUCUGUGAACAACAGUGUUAAGGGAAAGAGGACCUGCUCGGUGACGGGCACCUCCACAGCCGGGACCACCGGCAGCACCUCCGAGGGCAAGACCAAGAGCAGCACUGGUUCUUCAGCUAAACGUGGCACGUCAUCUGGGGCUAAAGAGGUGAGCUCAACGCGAGACAGACUCCGGGAGCGUUCUCGAGCCGGUACAGGCAAGAAGCUAUCCUCCUCUGCAGCCGCUGCCACUAAUGAUGCCACGCUGGCCAAGCGAUCCCGCAGCCGCGUACUGGCCCAGUCGGAGACACGCAUGAGCAAGUCCAAAUCAGACAGCCAGAUCACCGACAAAGCUGCCUUGGAGACUAAAGUGAAGGACCUUCUGGGCUUGGCAAAGAGCAAAGAUGUGGAGAUCCUGCACUUGCGCAACGAGCUGAGGGACAUGCGGGCCCAGCUGGGCUUGGGCGAGGAGACCUCUGAAGAGGGGGAGGAGGACAAAGUGGCGGUAGCGGCAGAGGAAGAGGUCGUUUCCAUCACUCACCAAGCUACAGACGUGGAAUCCACUCUGCUGCAGCUUCAAGAGCAGAACAAUGCCAUCCGUGAGCAGCUGAACCAGCUGAAGAACGAGAACCGCAUGUUGAAAGACCGGUUGAAUGCGCUGGGCUUCUCCCUGGAGCAGAGGUUGGACGGCUCGGAGAAGAUCUUCAGCUACCAGUCCCUAAGCCUGGAUUUAGCUGUGGGAAGUGUCCACAGUGAUGGAGGAGGGACGCUGACAUCCUCGGUGGAAGGAUCAGCCCCUGGGUCCAUGGAGGAUCUCCUGAGCCAGGAUGAGAACACUCUAACGGAAAACCGUCGCAGCAGCUCCAUGGACAACCUGGACAGCGAAUCCAGUGAGGUCUACCAACCCAUCACCUCCAGCGACGAUGCUCUGGACGCCCCUUCCUGUUCCUCCUCUUCCUCCGAGUCCGAGGGGGCCCCAAGUCGAGAGAGGUCUCGGAAGGGCAGCAGCGGGAACGUCAGCGAGGUCUCGGUGGCCUGCUUGACGGAGAGGAUCCACCAGAUGGAGGAGAACCAGCACAGCACCGCCGAGGAGCUUCAGGCCACGUUGCAGGAGCUGUCCGACCUGCAGCAGAUCACUCAGGAGCUGAACGCAGAGAACGAGAGGCUGGGGGAGGAGAAAGUCAUCCUGAUGGACUCGCUGUGUCAGCAGAGCGACAAGCUGGAGCACUACAGCCGGCAGAUCGAGUACCUCCGCACCUUGUUGGACGAGCAUCACAUCUCCUACGUCGUAGACGAAGACAUCAAGAGCGGCCGUUACUUGGAGCUGGAGCAGCGAUACAUGGAGCUGGCGGAGAACGCGCGCUUCGAGCGAGAGCAGCUGCUCGGGGUCCAGCAGCACCUGAGCAACACCCUGAAGAUGGCUGAGCAGGACAAUAAGGAAGCCCAAGAGAUGAUCGGGGCCCUGAAGGAGAGGAACCACCACAUGGACCGCAUCAUCGACUCGGAGCAGAAGGGCAAGGCGGCUCUCUCCGCUGCUCUGGAGGAUUACAAAGCCACGCUUGGCAAUGAACAGUUGGAGCUGAACCGCUUCAAAUGCCAGCUGGAGCAAGAGAGGCAGAAGGUGGCUGAGCUCUACUCCAUCCACAACUCUGGAGACAAGAGCGACAUCCAGGAGCUGCUGGAGAGCGUGCGAAUGGACAAGGAGAAGGCAGAGGCCCUGGCCACCAACCUGCAGGAGGAUCUGGGUCACACACGCAAUGAGGCCAACCGGCUGCAGGAUGCCUUUGGCAAGGUGGAAGCAGAGUACAGGCUCUUCCAGGACGAGGCUAAGAAGCAGAUUGCAGAGCUGACCAUGAGCCUGGACAAGCUGCGCUCUGCUCUGGAGGAGAAGGAGAGGGCCAUCGGAGACAUGAAGGAGACCAUCUUCGAGCUGGAGGAUGAGGUGGAGCAGCACCGCGCUGUCAAACUGCAUGACAACCUCAUCAUCUCCGACCUCGAGAAUUCGGUGAAAAAGCUCCAGGACCAAAAGCACGACAUGGAGCGAGAAAUUAAAAUCCUGAACCGAAGACUGAGGCUCAGCGAGUAUCUGUGCUGCUCUCUGCAGGAGGAGUCUGCGGAGUGGCGUCAGUUCCAGGCAGACCUGCAGACAGCCGUGGUCAUCGCGAACGACAUCAAAUCGGAAGCACAGGAGGAGAUCGGAGACCUGCGGCGCCGGCUGCUCGAGAACCAGGAGAAGAACGAGAAGCUGGGCAAAGAGCUCGACGACAUCAAGAACCGCAAGCAGGAUGAGGAGCGUGGCCGGGUGUAUAACUACAUGAACGCAGUAGAGAGGGACCUGGCAGCUCUGAGGCAGGGCAUGGGGCUAAGCCGCCGCUCCUCCACCUCCUCGGAGCCCUCGCCCACCGUCAAGACACUCAUCAAGUCCUUCGACAACGCCUCGCAAGUCAUCCCGGGCUCUGCUGCUGCUGCCGCAGCCGCCGCUGCUGCCACGGCCACGGCCACGGCCAUCCCCCGGACGCCCCUGAGCCCCAGCCCCCUGAAAACCCCACCAGCAGCCGCUGUCUCGCCCAUCCAGACGCCCUUCAGCUGUGUAAAAAGAAAAUUACAUGAAAAUACAUGGUUGAGAGACACUAGCUACACUGUAGAUCAACAUGACCAUCUGCAGCUUCCUCAUAAGGCAGUAAUGCAAACAGAAACGACAGUGUUUGUGAAAGCGCAGAGACAUUCGAUAAGUGGAUCCAUGUCUUCACCUAAACCCCUCUCCUCGCUCGCAGACAAGCGGCCGAGCUAUGCUGAGAUCAAUGUUCCAGCGGGUGAUUCUAUGUCCUGGGGCUGCACGGCAGAGCACCUGAUGAGAACCUCCUCGACUGGCAGGCCAGCCUCCACACUGCAGAGGGGGCCCACCAUCGACUCCUCCAAGUCUAUCUCAGUGUCUCGGAGAAGCAGCGAAGAGGUGAAGCGUGAUAUCUCUGCUCCAGACGGUGCCUCUUCAUCCUCUCUCAUGACGAUGGGAUCAGCCUCACCCCAGCUCUCUCUCUCCUCCUCCUCCCCGACUGCUUCCGUCACACCCACAGCUCGCAGCCGCCUCCGGGAGGAGAGAAAGGACCCGCUGUCAGCGCUGGCCCGGGAGUAUGGGGGCUCCAAGAGGAACGCUCUGCUCAAGUGGUGCCAGAAGAAAACCGAAGGAUACCAGAACAUUGACAUCACAAACUUCAGCAGCAGCUGGAACGACGGUCUGGCGUUCUGCGCUGUCCUGCACACCUACCUGCCUGCCCACAUCCCCUACCAGGAGCUCAACAACCAAGACAAGAGAAGAAAUUUCACACUUGCCUUUCAAGCAGCAGAGAGUGUUGGCAUCAAAUCCACACUGGACAUCAACGAGAUGGUCCGCACGGAGCGUCCAGACUGGCAGAGUGUCAUGACUUACCUCACAGCUAUUUACAAGUACUUUGAGACAUGAUGUCCCCCUGCCUGGACUCCAGUAGAGGACUGUCUCUGAGAGCGACCAACCACUAAAUCACCUGCUGCAAACAGACUCCCAGCAACAUGCAGGGAUACCCAACUUAACAGCAUUAAAGCUAACAGACACCACAGUCAGCAACACCUCUAGAUACAAGCUGACUGCUUUGGGAAUCCCAUCCACCAAUACUGACCAGCUGCACAUGGGAGGCACACAGUACUGUAUGUUGUCUAAUAUAGUAAUUACAGCCACACCCAAUCGCUGCUGGGAGAGACUCAUCCGGGGAAAGGACAAGACUGCAGGGACAUUAUCACAGUUAAGUUUUAGUGAAGGAAACAAAAAACCCUCUGAUUGCUUUUAUUGCAGGUAAAAGGCUUACCAGCGAUCAAGAAAAUAAGGUGUUACAAUAGUACUACAAGCUGUCUGGCUGCACCAUGUAUAGAAGCUAAUCAUGCAUUGAAUACAGACUGGUACUGAGCUGUGCAACAGCACGUUACAAGGAGGGGAGGGACUCAAAUCCUUUUUUGCAGGAUGAUUUCAGGAGUAUCCAAUGUUUUUUUCCAACUUUGGUAACAGCGUAAAAAAUCUUUUCUUUUUGCAGCAGUAGCUUCUGUCAUUUUUUGCUGCUUUAGCACUGCCUUGAAGUUUUCAGUCAAGCUGAAAUCACAAUUUAGUACUGAAACUAGCACAAGAAAUAACCACAUAGAACCUCUGCGCUCUAAUGCAGCAGGUGUUAAUCUUAUAGGGUACGAGCUUUUAGACACAGCACAGUUCUGAGGAAACGAUAGUAUUGGUACAGUAUAGUCAAGUACUGCCCAUUCACCUUCACACUGCAUCGUUUCUGAUUGCAGUGGUAGUUCAUAGUUUCACACUUUAUUUAAACACUUAAAGCAUUUUGAAACUUGCUUAAAAACAAAAAGAAGCACAUCUACAAAGCUAUUUCCCCAGAAGUUAAUUGAUUCUAUGGUAGCUACACAUGUGUGUCAUCUGAAUGAAUAAACCACCUGCCUUUAGUUCAUGCACUGACUUGCCAACCAUAGCACCAUUUUUAAUCACUUCACUUCCAGGAACCUCAAUAAUACAGAAGAUACAACACCCCUGCCUUACACUUUAAAUCAAGUCUCUGUUAAAGCUGGGGGAAACCCACUAUCCCUGUGUACCUAUUUCUCCUUUGCAGCUGGUAAUGGGGACAUUUCACACAAAAUAACUUACAAGUGGAGGUGAGAAUGCCAGCCUCAAGCCAAAAUUGUAAUUUUGUUAUUGUGUUAUUUUGAAGUUGGGGCUUUUGUGUUGUGGAUGCUAUAGUCAUCAAUACCAAACACUUUUUAAAAAGCCAGUGUUACACAAGGAUGUGUUUUUUUAACCUCACUAGGACAAAAAAAAAAAAAACGGACAUGGACUGCUCUUGUUUUGAGGGUUUAUUUUACUGUCUGUUUUUGUGUUCCCUUCUCAUUCUGUUACUGGUUUCCACAGCAACACAAAUCCAUUGUUUUUCAUGACUCCCGACAACCAAAUCUAGACAAGCCAUCAUUCCAGUGAAGCAUUGGCAGCCAUUGUGUUUUGUGGCGUCCAUGGGGCGAUGGUAGCUCAGCCUCACGUAGUACUGUGCACUCAUCUCAAGGCUUCAAGAUCACAAUGCUGGAACCCAUUCUACGAUCUCUUAGACAGUCACUCCUGUACUGUACAAGUAUUUGAGGAAUGACAUAUUUGGUAAAAACCACAAAUUUACAACUUAUUGGGGUUUCCAAAAGUGAAAAAUGAAUCAAAUCAAACAUCAGCAAUAACCCCAGAUGUCAGUACUACGAGGCACGAGUGUGGGCUGUAUUAAGAAAUGCCUGACUCCUCGCUUUUUUUUUUUUUUAAAAGCACAAAAAUAAAACAAAAUGGGGGCAGUCCAUUUUAAGGGGUGGUUACACAUUUUUUCCUAAAUUCAGUUGCCUUUUGGACCAUGCUUUUUUGUGUACUGUAAAGUUAAGCUAUUUUUAUGACUUCACACAUGGUUUGUGCCAUUGUUGAGUCUACCUGCCUGCCAGGAUAUAAGCUACCGCUUAUGAAGACACCUGGAAGAGGGUUCGAACUGGAUCCUUUGAAACGAUAUGUUCAGAUAAAAUUGUCUUUCUGCCUUAAUAGCUUUGAUGAUUUAGCGCUUAGCUUUUUUUAUUAUAGCAAUCAUUCAAAUUAAAAUGUAUCUGUAUUCCACUGCCAGGCCAUGCAAGGACUAGGCUGUUAAACAUCACUUGACUCCCACAUAAGCGUAAGCAGUAUGCUGAGCUCAGGGCCUCUGUUUUAAAGCAUUUAGAGGGGGUUAAACAGAUUCUGGAGCUUGAAAGACAUUACACAGGCAGUAGGGAUGGUGUAUAGUUUUAAUGUUACAAGGAGUCUGCCAGUCAAGCCCCCUGGGUUAGUCGGCUUCAAUGGACUGACACUUCCGUGCACCUCUCGGUUCAAGUUAUGUUUAACAUCUAUAUACUCUGUCUCUUGUAUUUCUAAUUACCUAUUUUUGGGCAGUACAGCCAUCCUCCAGUCAUCUCAGGUGCCUAUGGAACACAUUUUAUUUAGUUCAGUUUACUGCACAGGGGUUUGCAUGAGGAUUGUGAUUGGUUUGGUCACAAAGAACCACUUUCACGAUUACUGUACCAGGAGCUAAAGGGUUUAAUGAGUAAACAUGGCCUGGCAGGAUAAACUGGGGACCCAUGAUCUGUAUGGCCUCCUGCUUCUGUUUUAUUUAUUGCAUGACUUUGGACAUCCACUGCGAAGGAUACAGCAGCCUCUCUCUGGAUUACUGGCACACAGCAGUUAAACCUGCAGCAGCUGUAGCCUGUAAAACCUGUCAAUACAUAACAAUGGAGAAAUGCUGCAAAAACUGCUUAAGCAAUCACAUUUUCUUUUAAGUUGUUAUCUUUUGAUGGAUUAAGUACAGUUUUGUAUUCGUGUAGCUUUUAUAGUUUAAGGAAACCAACAAGAAUCUAAUUUCAACAUGAUACUGUAUUUAAUCCUUCAAAACAUUAAGGUCUGAUUGCAGGCUGCACUGGGUGUUGCAUGUUUUGGUGUAGGUGGGUUGCAACAUUGGGGUAAAAUACUGAACAGUUGAGCAUUUCAAGUUCUGCACACUAUUGAUGCUACAGGUUUGAAUUGAGACAAUCGGUUACUGUUUGCCUUGUAAUUCAUUAAAAGGGGAUGUUGUAUCUAACUGUUACCUAGCCGAAGAUUUACACAAUGAAAGGUGACAGCUUAGUCACCAUUGUUAUUCUUCUUGCAAAAUGAUGUCCAUCAAUAACACUUAUUAUUUUGUAUGUUAUGUUUUUUGUAUAUCUUCUUGAAUGUAUAAUGAGACCGCUAAGGCUUUCUUUCUGUUUGAGUUAGUAUUUGUGUCUUUGUUUUCAUAUCGUCUGCCAAACAGGCAACAGCAUGGCAGUAUAUUAUUAAGUUAUGUAUUACUUUUCAUUACUUACCUGGGUGUUUUGUUUAUUUUUUGUAUACAAAUAUAUAAAUUUGUUGUUGGAAAUCUAUUGAGCAGAUACAGGUGUCUAAGCAACAUUAAAACCAUUAUCAGAUCUUUGAA